AUUAACAGUACCUACAGUGCAUCCGCGAAGUAAACACGCAUCUUGUUUGACAGCAAACAAAAUAAUAGAUAAUAGCAAUGGCGCGAUUUGCUGUAUUAACUCUUCUAGUUGCUACCACUGCAAUCACUUCAGCUCAGAGGCCUUUCUACGCUGGCUCACGACCGAUCGGUUACCCGGCUAUGCAAACCGACACAAUCGGUCAACUCUCCAACCGAUUCGGCGAAGACGCACCAGUUCCUAUAGAAACUAAAGGAGAUGUAAACCUAAUCAAUAGAAUAGAGAGCAUGCCCAUAGAUAACAGACCUUUUUGGUACACGAACUGGCGAUACUACGAAGCUUUGAGGCGGCGCCCGCAGACAUGGCCACAGAGGCCGAACAAUUUUAUCAACUAAAAAAAGGAAUAUUCGAUUUUUAAAUCAUUCAAAGAAACGAACGUAUUGAAAAUAAUGUGAAAUAAUAAGUAGCGAGUGUUUUUGUGGUUUAAGUUUUCAUGGUGCUUUCAAAUUUCAAAGCUGAACAUGUUUUUGUAAUGUGUAACGAAAUCCGCCUUGUGUGAUUAUGUGAAAUUGUAUUUUACUGUUUUUAAAGACUGAUUCUUGAGGAAUCUAGAUUUUAGGUAGGUGCUUUGUAUGUCGUGUUUGUAUGUAUAGUUUGUGAAUAAAAUUUUUGUAUAAAGGAGAA